AUGGCGCAAGAAGCAACUAGUAAGUUAAUUACAGAAGAUUUUGAUGCUGGUCCAUCAAGCUAUGAUGAAAUUAUUCCUAGCUUGUUUCUUGGGAAUCUUACAGCUGCUACUGAUAUCAAGUGGUUAAAAGAAACUAAAAUAAAUUAUAUACUCACUGUAGAUUCAUGUCCACUUCCAAGAAAGAUUCAAGAGCUUUUACCAAAUUUGAUUAUAAAAUAUAUUUCAGUUACUGAUAUGCCACGUGAAGAUCUCUUAACUCAUUUUGAAGAUUCUUAUGAAUUUAUAGAUCAUGCUCUACAGUUAAAUAAUAAAAUUUUGAUACAUUGUUAUUUUGGUGUCUCUAGAUCAGCUACAAUUGUUAUUGCAUAUUUAAUGAAGAAAUAUGGAAAAAGUUUCUACGAUGCAUUUGAAGUUGUAAAAAAAAAAAGGCGUUUUGUUGGACCUAAUGCUGGAUUUUUGGCACAAUUAAAACUUUACGAAGAAAUGUGUUUUGGAAUAGAUAAUACUAAUGUACAAUUUAAAAUGUAUAAGUUACAAAUUGCAGCAGAUAAGGUAAGAAAAGCAAAAAUUUUACCACAAAAUUGUGCAGAAUUAAUAAAACCAGAUCCAGCUCUUGCUACGGUACAUCCAGAGCCAACAGUAUAUCGUUGUAAAAAAUGUCGAAGAAUCGUAGCUAGUGCUAGUAAUAUUUUACCACAUAUGCCAAAAGAAAAACAAAUUUGGAGACAUAUAAGUUCGAGAAAAACGUCUAAACAAUCAAAACCGUCACACGAACUAUUAGAACCGUUACAAAAAGAAGAGCAACAAUCUGUAGAAUUUUGUACUAAAACAUUAUUUGUGGAACCGCUAGCAUGGAUGCCCGACAUAACGCAUAAUGUUGAGGGUAAAUUAAAUUGUCCAAAAUGUAAUACGAAGUUAGGUUUUUUUAGUUGGAUAGCGGGUAGUCAAUGUCCAUGCGGCAGUAAAAUAGCACCUGCAUUUUAUUUGGUUCCUUCAAAAGUAGAUUGGAGUAAUGCUGUACAAAAUGUACAAGUAACUGUAUAGUAUUAAAGAUAUUUCUAUAGUUAAAAAUUUUGGACGGAUGAUUAACAUGUAACGAUUAAUAUAUAAGAAAAGGUUUUUGAAAUCUUUUUAUGUGGUUUUAGCUCGAUUAGUAUUAAUAACGAUUAUACAUGUGACCAAUAUAUUUAGAAAAUUUAUAUUCUAAUUUUGUGCCAAUAUUCGUACAUUACAUAUAAACAAAUAAUCGUAUUCAUUUUACGACUGUAAUUUUACAUAUUUCUUGCCGCAACGAGUAAACAACCCGUUCUUCCACUGUGCGAUCUUCGUAUUUAUAUAUAUAUAUAUAUAUUUUUUUCCUUUUUUCUAUGAUUAAUAUACAUAAUAUAAUAACUUUGUAGACUAACAUACUAUUUCCUGUAUAGAUGUCUUGUAUUAAGAUGCGAUAAUACAUUUACGAUUUUUAUUAUUUAUUAACUAUUUCAGUUCUACAAAAUAACAUUUCGAGUUAUUUUCAUUACCCUGUAUUUUAUUGCUUAAAUCCUACUUUUAUGCAUUUGUGUUUAAUCUAUUGGUCCUUUUGCAUAAUAAUAUUUCCCAAUAUUUUUUUUAUAUUAACUUACAAUUAUAAUAUUGGUAAAAACUUUGGUAUUUUAUAAAUUGAUGAUGCUUGAAAUUCGCAAAUUAGAAAAUAAAAUUAAGAGAGAGAGAGAGAGAGAAAGAUUACAUGCUUGCGUGCAUGGGAGAAUAUGAAGUUCCGUAUGGAUGCGUCCUAAAUCGUAAUGCAUUUAAAUUGCUCAUCGUGGAUCCUCCGUGAAUUUCUGUCUGAUGAUACGGAGGAAGAUUAACAUUUCCUAAAUUACUAUUUAUAAAUCCAUGGCAAGUAGAUGUUUGCAUAGAUGUGUAAUGCUGCGACGAUCUCCAAUACUCGCUAUAGGGAUAUUGCGUCACUUGAGGGGUUUGCAAAAUCUCCGAAUUAUUUUCCUGCGUAUGCGUUAUUCUGAUAGGUCGUAAAGGUAAAGUAGUUUCUACUUCUCUGUUAGUAGAGAUGCCUCGAUUAAUAGCAGAACUUCUUUCAUUCCGACGAAACUUGGCGCGUCUAUUUUGAAACCAUACCUAGAAUAAAAAUUUUUAAUUAUCAACAUAUUUAUAUUUAUAAAAAUUAUUUCCAUUUAUUAAGAUUGUGUUUAUAAAAUAAGAGAAAUAUAAAUAUAAUAGUUUGCGAUUCAUAUCUUGAUAAUAGAAUCAAAGUUUAUGCAAAUUUUAUAGAAAAUAGAAGAACAAACAAACAUAAGAAGGGACAUGGCAAGCAAAAGCUGGAUAGCGUGACGACUUCUGGCAACCGUACAGUUCACGGCAGACAGACAGAACGGAGAUGAGGAACUUAACAGCAGCACUGGCAGUGGAUGGAUCGACACGAGCAACGAAAAGUCUGCUUUCUGCACAAUCGUGUAACAGUCACCAGUCAUCACACACGUGCUAGAUACGAGACGUAUCAUACAGCAUGCGGUACGUCGUAUGCCAAGCACAGAUGUCGCUGGAACGACAAAACUAUCCUGCCAAGCUAAUCAUAGCUCCUUGCCCCUGACAACCUGUCUCCUCUGAUUUUCUGCUUAGCUAUCCACGGCGACCUCCAUCCUCUUUCCUUUUUUUUUCUCUUUUAUUUCUUUUCUUUUCUGCACCUCUGUCUGUCUGUCUGUCUGCCUGCCUGCCUGCUUGCCUGCUUUGCCUGCCUUCUUUCUAACGUUAGCCACCAUAAUCCCAAGAAACAUAUGUGAACUUGGCCCACCAGCGAUACGAUACUUUUUCUCUUUCACAUAUUCAUCAUGGUUUUUCUUCUAUUUCACGAAGUAAGUAUCAUUUUUGAACGUUUCAUUUAAUUAUUGUGACGUUACCUGUACUCUGGCUUCCGAUAAAGAGACACGUGUUGCAAGUUCUUCUCGAACAAAAGCGUCUGGAUAAUGCGUCCUUUCGAACACCCUUUCCAAAGCGGCUAAUUGUUCUGCCGAGAAUGUUGUCCUACUUCUUCUGGGUCUUCUACAUGCAGAUGCCGCUCACGAUAAGGAAGCAACGUUUCCAAAACAUAAAAAGCAAAGAUGAGAAGCAGUACAGACGUAGCUAUUCUUGAAUGACUCCACUGUGUUCGAGCGUUCAUCAAAGCGGUAUAAUGCGAACAGCAUGACUGGAAACACGCGAUUUCGAUAAAAUCAAACUCAUCGUAGAUCAUGGAUGGAAACGUGGAAACACAUCAAGCGUAUAUUCCGACUUAUGAAACGCGUGAUCUCAAAUUUUAUUCAAUUUUAUCCUUACGUAAAUGUUUAUAUAAAAUAAUUUGAUUGUACAUUUCCAGAAUUCUUACCUAAGGAGUUAGUUGGCGUCGAUAAUAAGCGUGAGACCGUGAAAUCUUGUGGUGUAUGAGGAUUCGUAAUCUGUGAAACUAUUACGCUGUUGUUUUCUACUUGUUCCGAAUUUCCACACAACAUUGUUUCGUUUAAAUAAUAAAUCUCCUUAAGAGAGUGGCAAAUUUUAAUUGAAAAAAUGAAUUAUAAAUUUUGUUACUCUUCAAGUAAUUAUUCUUGAUCACUUUGAGAUAUCGAAGUAAAUACGCGAUAUAGUCAUUGUGGUGUUUAAUAAAUCGUAAAAUGAAACUUCUUAUUUUGCACAAAUGACAUAGUAAUUCGAACUUUACGCCACGUGCUGCUCAUAUUUGAAAUUAUUCGCAAAACAUUUUAUAUGUACAUUUUUUUAAAAAAUUAUAAAGUUUGAUUUUUU